GCCCUUCGGUUUUCCCAUUCCUGAGAGCUAGGCGUUGUGCUGUGUGAGCACACAACACUCCGGAGAAGAAGUGGGGAAAACAUCAAAACGACAAAAAAUAAAAAAUAAAACUUUUACCAAAAAAGCCUUUCAAAUUGGGACGAUUUGUGCAAAAUGAAAAUUAAAUUAAAUUAAAAAAAACGUGCAUGCAUGUUAACCUUUCCUUCUCUUUACCUUUCAAAAUAAAGGGAGUAAAAAAAGUGGGAUCUGGGAAGCGGAUAAAGCCUGGAGUGUUUCAUAGGAAAAUCGGGAUUGGUGUAGUGAGUGACGUUAUCUGCUGUGGCGAGAGGGAGGGAGAAAGCAAGCCAACAGGACUCCAUUAAAUAGAGCCAGGAGGAAACAGUUUGGUAGACUUUCUUUACUGGGACGUAUUCUGUUUCUGAAAAGUCAGUUGAAGGAAAAAAAAAUCGUGAAAAAACAAGAACUUUUGGGGUUUAAACAAUUUGCCUUUUUGGGACUGUUGCAUUUGUGAAGGAUGGCGCUGGACGGUAUUCGGAUGCCCGAUGGCUGCUACGCAGACGGGACCUGGGAGUUGAGAAUGCACGUGACAGACCUGCACCGGGACGUGUCGCUGAGGGUCACGGGUGAGGUGCACAUUGGAGGUGUGAUGCUCAAACUCGUCGAGAAGCUUGAUGUGAAGAGGGACUGGUCAGACCACGCUCUGUGGUGGGAGAAGAAGAAGACAUGGCUGCUCAAGACUCACUGGACCCUGGAUAAGUACGGGAUCCAGGCAGACGCUCGGCUGCUCUUCACCCCUCAGCACAAGCUGCUGCGGCUCCAGCUGCCAAACAUGAAGCACAUGAAGGUCAAGGUGAACUUCUCCGAUCGCGUCUUCAAGGCCGUCUCAGACAUCAGCAAGACCUUCAAUAUCAGGCAUCCUGAGGAGCUGUCUCUACUGCGCAAACCCCAGGACCCCAAAAAGAAGAAGAAAAAGCUGGAGGAGGCAGAGGAGGAUGCUCUGGAGUUAGAGGGGCCGCUCAUCACCCCUGGAUCAGACUCCGAUGUUAUUUUCAUCGGCCCAGUCAAAGGCAGUAUAUACUCGAGUCCUGGCCUCUACAGUAAGACUAUGACCCCCACCUACGACUCUCGCGACGGCAGUCCGCUGUCCCCCACCUCGGCCUGGUUUGGGGACAGCCCUCUGUCGGAGGGAAAUCCCAGCAUCCUCGCUGUCAGCCAACCAAUCGCCUCGCCUGAUAUCCUGUCCAAGCUCUACAAGCCUCAGAGUCUGCUGGACAAGGCCAAGAUCAACCAAGGGUGGUUUGACUCCUCCCGAUCUCUGAUGGAACAAGAUGUGAAAGAGAACGAGGUGGUGCUGCUGAGAUUCAAAUACCACAGUUUCUUCGACCUUAACCCAAAGUACGACGCUAUCCGUGUGAACCAGCUCUAUGAACAGGCGAAGUGGGCCAUCCUGCUGGAGGAGAUAGAGUGCACUGAGGAGGAGAUGAUGAUGUUUGCAGCUCUGCAGUACCACAUCAACAAGCUGUCCAUCAUGUCCUCGGUCAACCACAUGAACAACAGUGACAAGGAGGUGGACGAGGUGGACGCAGCGCUGUCUGACCUGGAGAUCACACUGGAGGGGGGCAAGACUUCCAACAUACUGGGUGAUAUCACUUCUAUUCCAGAGCUUGCAGACUAUGUUAAAGUUUUCAAGCCAAAGAAGCUAACACUUAAAGGCUACAAGCAGUACUGGUGCACGUUUAAAGACAUUACCAUCUCCUGCUACAAGAGCAAGGAGGAAGCUCACGGGACUCCAGCCUACCAGAUGAAUCUCCGAGGUUGUGAGGUGACUCCAGAUGUCAACAUCUCUGGUCAGAAGUUCAACAUCAAACUGCUGAUCCCUGUGGCUGACGGCAUGAACGAGAUCUGGCUGCGCUGUGACACUGAGAAACAGUAUGCCAACUGGAUGGCGGCGUGCCGGCUGGCCUCCAAAGGCAAGACGAUGGCCGACAGCUCGUACAAUCUGGAGGUGCAGAACAUCCUGUCCUUCCUCAAGAUGCAGCACAUGAAUCCUGACCCCCAGCUCAUCGCUGAGCCCAUCAGCACCGACAUCAACCCCGAGUGCCUGGUCUCUCCACGCUAUCUCAAGAAGUACAAGAAUAAGCAGCCAAGCUAUGUAAGGGACUUGAUCACGGCUCGGAUCCUCGAAGCUCACCAGAAUGUGGCCCAGAUGAGUCUGAUCGAAGCCAAGAUGAGAUUCAUCCAGGCCUGGCAGUCUCUGCCGGAGUUUGGAAUGACACACUUCCUUGCAAAGUUCCAGGGAGGGAAGAGGGAGGAGCUGAUCGGUAUCACCUACAACAGGCUCAUCCGCAUGGACGCCCACACUGGAGAUGCGAUCAAGACCUGGAGAUUCAGCAACAUGAAGCAGUGGAACGUCAACUGGGAGAUCAAAAUGGUGACGGUGGAGUUUGCAGAUGAGCCGAGCCUUGCUUUCAUCUGCACGGAGGUGGACUGCAAGGUUGUGCACGAGUUCAUUGGAGGAUACAUCUUCCUGUCAACGCGUGCCAAGGACCAGAACGAGAGCCUUGAUGAGGAGAUGUUCUACAAGCUGACCAGUGGCUGGGUUUGAUUUGGGGUGAAAGAGGCUGACCGGGGGGGGUACGCACCAAGAGAGAAAUCCGGUCCUGCCAGACUAACAUAAAACACUUCAUACUGUUUCACUGGUGAACAUUGUCCAUUGGAAAGAGAUGUUUUAUAGCCCUCUCCUCCUCAUACAAUCUUUCAUCUUCCUGGGUAGCAGCAGCAGCCCACAACAGAUGACCUUUGAACCUACGGAUGAACCCUGCAGUUUGAAACUGCUCUAUAAGCUUUGUCACGCACCAGGGAAAAUACAUCCACAUAUCUCCCAGGGGCACCUUUUCUUGGAGCAGUUAGAGGGUUAGGUUUACCCAGGAUGCACCAGUCUCUCUCUUUUACAAGAAAUUACUAGUUUUGUAUUCAAAAGUUGUGUUUUUUUUUUUAAUUUUACAUUUUGUGAAGCAUACUGUGUCGGCAAAGUUCUAUUUUACCUGUCUGUGAUGCUACUUAGUUAUAUGGUUGUUUUCACAUGUGUGUGUGUGUAAUUGUCUUUCUUUUGCAGGUUAGAUCAGCAGACUAAACUCUCUUCCUUCUUGUAAAUCACAGCAGCUGGUUACAGAGUGUCAAUUUCUAACCAGAGCUGGCUGGAUGUUGCUUAGUUUGCAGUUCAUACUCAUGAAUGUGAAGGAAUGUUUAACACCUUGCAUGUCUAGUAUAGGGGUCGGAUACAUGAAGGUUGCAUUAAUAUGAAGGAAAUAUUCCCCUGAUGGGAUAGUCUAACCGGGUUGGGCUCCAUACCCUGUUUUACAGGAAGCUGGCUCCCACCGUUUGCAAAGCUAAAAACUUUUAUUUUUUAUAAUUUACAAGAUGACCUGUGAACUGUAACAUGCUGGCUUGUAUGUUUUUGUUUUGUUGCAAUUCAAUAUAAUGCAUGCUACAAAAGCACUUCUUCCAUACUAAAAUUAAUUAGCCAAAAGGUUAACUGCUUUGUGUGGGGCUUAAACAGAAACAUGAAUUGAGAGAAGUGUGUAUGAGAAGCAGGAUUUUAAUGAAGCCAGUGUAGUGUGCAGCUGCUCAAAUGUAAUGCCUGUUCUUUGUGUAGCCCAGCAAGCGCCUGUGCUUGGGGAGUAUUUCUUUUUGUAUAGUAUGGGUUUUGUUAGAUAUCAUGACCAUCGAAUUCGACAUGCAUCAUGGAAUACUUUGCCUAUCCUGAUUUCUGGCAACACAGAGGUGCAGCCUUGGUGAGUUUGUCAUCAAGGAGUGUGACUCAUUUUAAUUUUUUUGCCCUUGAUCUACAAUCUCUAUUUCUAAGGACUGGUGUGAGGUGUUGGGAACCAGAACAGCCCGUCUCCUUUACACUGGUGUCAAUAGCUGUCAUGAAUGUAUCCUGUUUGUUGUAAAGAAGAGCUGUUAAAGUGGUAUCAUUGCCCCUAUAAAAGCACCCUUUGUAUUCCCAGAACUGCCCCUAUAGAGAAGGAUGAUAUACCCAAGUGUUUAUACAUCAAUCCCCCUAUAGAGAAGGAUGAUAUACCCAAGUGUUUAUACAUCAAUCCCCCUAUAGAGAAGGAUGAUAUACCCAAGUGUUUAUACAUCAAUCCCCCUAUAGAGAAGGAAGACCGACCCCCACCGUAUAUACAGAACUGUGCAGGUUGCUACCAAGCAUUCUCCUUUUGCCUUGCCAAAAUGUUUUGCUUCCCGGUCUGUGUGUGUUUGCUGAUUUUUCUAGAGAGACUCAUUAUGAAGGACGCUGUCUUUAUCAGGUUUUCUGGCCUUGCUCGCUUUUGUUUGCCAUACUUCUUAUUUUACACCGUGUAGUAUUAUGGAGUUAUAUUUAUAACUCCCCAGCAUUAAGACACAAACAAAACGCAGUCAGGGUUCAUUAUUUUAUUUUAAUUUUCCAGAUGAAUGAAGGAACUCCUAAAUGAAGUAUUAGUUUUAUGUAACUAAUGUAAAAACACAAGUUUUAUAUAAUUGUACAGUUUUUGUUUUAAGUAUAGUUUCACAAAAAAAUUGGCAGUUGACCUUGCAUAGAAUAUGAAGUCUGAAGUUGUUUGUGUCUUCAAAAAUAAGGUCUUCUGAAGUCGAUAUAUAUAAUGUAUAAAAUAGAUCUAGCUGAACCCAAGUCUCAAACUCCAGGUUGAAGGGCUACUUCAGAACUUGCUCCAAAGCUUUAUCUCCCCUUUUUGAUGAUUUGAUGUCAAACGUACAAAGCUGCCUUUUUAAAGAGACUACAUGAAUGCGGUUUAAUUUUCCAAAUGUACAGCUCAGUUCCUACAUGUGGGUCCUUCGAAUUAAAAUGAGGUGGUUCCAGCAAAGAAUGCAGACUGAGGCUUUUCCACAAACAGAUUUAAAAGGAAGCCCUAAUUUAACAGUACAAGUUUCUUUUUCAUUAAUUUGGAGCCGUCCUUAGCCCUGGAGUUUGAGACUGCAAUAGAAUGAAGUAACACUGCUAGCUUUGCCUCAAAGUGCUCAUAGCUCCAUUAGUUUUGUGCUGCCUACGUCUGGUAAUAAGGGGUAUUGUCCCUUAUGUUUUUUAGACUGUAAAUGCAUUUAUUUUAAAAAAUAAAAGAACAAUUUUUAUUUAACAAUG